UCUAGUGCGGCCGUCGCAAAAUAAAUACCCAUGUGCUGCGACCCCUCCGUAACGGGAACGUCUUUUUCUCUUUCAUGUUAGUAUUGCCCGCCAUACUGCGCGGGUUUCUUGAAUGAUGGGAACCAAGCAGAGUGGCAUCAGGCUGGCGUUCAGGUGGUUCGCCUUUUUAUGUUUCUUUUGUUCUAUUUUUGUUUAUUUCAUAUUUCAGAUACGUUUUUUAGUUGGCCUUCCUUUCCCAGGGGGUUUAUUGAAUCUGAUGCUGGGGGAAUAUCAAAAGCAAUGCGCACCGUUAAAGAAACAAGCAGGAAGGAGAGCAGAAUUUCCUCUGUCCUUGUUUGGCCAGAGGUAAACAGUGACAUGAGACAAGUGAUUUGAUGUAUGCUGUUACGAAUGUCUAUACCUAUAGAGGAUGUGAAAACUGGUGGGCUGUCGAUUAGAUAUACAUGUUUCCUUUGUCCCGCUCUAGAUU